AUGGCCUUGGUUUUAUUAUCUUCACAAGAAGCGAGUACUGGUGAAUUAGGCACUGGUACGGUGAAGGGCAUCAUUGGUGCUAUUGUGGAUGAAAGUUCUCACAUCGGCAAAGAAGAGAAAGUGGCAAUGGAGAUGGCAAUAGAUGAUUUUACCUGCAAAAAUAACGAGAGCUUGGUCCUGCACAUUAAAGACUCUGGAAAGGAACCCCUUCGAGCAGCGCUUUCUGCCAUAGAUCUUAUCAAUGAGCGGCAAGUGCAAGCAAUCAUAGGGCCACAAGCAUGGGGAGAAAUAUCUUUGGUUGCUGAGAUAGGCAGCCAAGCUCAAAUCCCAGUACUCUCUUUUGGGGAAGAAAUUCCACCAUGGGCAACAGAGAAAUGGCCCUUCCUCCUUCAAGCCUCGCCCGAUAAUUACGCACAAAUGGAAGCUGUGGCUGCAAUUAUUCAGUCUUGGGGGUGGCACCGAGUCACUAUAAUAUAUGAGGACAUAGGUUCAGCUUCCACAAGAGUCAUCCCUCAUCUCCCUGCUGCCUUACGAGAAGCUGGUGCAGAAGUAAGUCACAUUGUUCCCCUUCUGCCUUUUGCUUCUUCAUUAUCCAAAGAGCUCAAGAGCCUCAAAAGGAGGCAAUGUAGAGUCUUCGUGGUUCAAUAUUCAUCUUUGGCAUUGGCUAAUCAUCUAUUCAAAACAGCUAAGAAAAUGAAGAUGAUUGGGAAGGAUUAUGUAUGGAUUACUACAGACACAAUCACAAGUCUUAUCCAUUCUGUCAAUGCCUCCACCAUUUCUUCAAUGCAAGGCAUCCUAGGAGUCAAGCGUUAUAUUCCGGAAACCAUGCCUUGUUACAGGGAUUUCUACUCUAGAUUUCACGAAAGGUUUAGACUAAAACACCCUGAAGAAGGAAGCUAUGAACCAGGAAUUUUUGCAUUGCAGGCAUAUAAUGCUGCAUGGACAGUGGCUAUGGCAAUAAGGGAAGGUGGUAUAGGAGGUCAACGGCUACUAAAGAAAAUCCUAGAAAGUGAGUUCUCUGGCUUGACAGGAAAGAUUCAAUUUACCGAUGGGAAACUAGCUCCGAUGCAGAUAUUUCAAAUCAUUAAUGUGGUGGGGAAGAGUUAUAGAGAACUAGGGUUUUGGACAUACAACUUGGGUUUCUCAGAGACCAUAGAUGAGAGUACUACUUACAACACUUCUAUGAAGAGUUUAGGGCAGGUGAUUUGGCCUGGGGGACCUUGGUCUGUUCCAGAAGGAUGGACUCGUCCACCAGCAUCCGACCCACUUAAGAUUGGAGUUCCCACAUCAUCUGUAUUCAACUAUUUAUUGAAUGUGGAAUACCAAUCCGGAAAUAAAGCUUCCUUCUCUGGUUUUUCAAUGGAUCUUUUCAAGGCAAUCACAGAAGACUUGCCAUUUUAUUUGUCAUAUGACUUAAUUGGCUUCAAUGGCACAUAUGACGCAUUAGUGGAUCAAGUUUAUCUAAAGAAGUUCGAUGCAGCAGUUGGUGAUGUGGCGAUAACUGCCAACCGAAGCCAGCUUGUAGACUUCACACAGCCCUACACUCGGACAGGAUUGGUGAUGAUAGUACCUGUGCAUGCACAAACAUCUAAUAGUGCAUGGCUUUUCAUAAAGCCCUUCACAAAAGCCAUGUGGAUUUCAACCCUUUUGAUCACUCUCUACAAUAGCUUUGUUUUUUGGUUGAUCGAACGAAAUAACUGCCUCGAACUUGAAGGUUCCAUCCUAAAUCGAGUGGGGACCUUGCUUUGGUUAGCCUUCCAAACACUCCUCCCUAUAAAAGGGGAGAAGCUACAUAGCAAUUUAUCCCGGAUAGUAAUGGUGGUAUGGCUGUUUGUGGCAUUAGUCAUCACUCAAAGUUACACAGCUAGCCUCACCACCAUGCUCACCGUCCAAUCGCUACAACCCACCGUGGACAAUGUUGAGGUACUAAAGAAUAACAAUGUGGCUGUUGGGUGCAGUGGGGUAUCCUUUAUUAAAAGGUACUUGGAGGGGGUCAUAGGUUUUCGACAUGAAAACAUCAAGAAUUUCAGUAAACCAGAUGAAUAUGCCAAAGCCCUAAGACGCAAAGAGAUAGGGGCUCUUUUCAUUGAAGCUUCAUUGUCAAAAGUUUUCCUUGCAAGACACUGCAAGGGUUUCGGUGUUGCUGGCCCAACAUAUCAAAUUGGAGGAUUUGGAUUUGCAUUUCAAAAGGGGUCUCCUCUGCUUCCCGACAUCUCCAAAGCGAUUUUGAACCUCUCGGAAAUUGGAAAGCUCAAAGAAAUGGAGAACAGCUUGAUGGGAUCACAGACGUGCGUCGAAGAGGAGGAAUGGGAGGACCAACAUCCUAGCCUCAGCCCCAACAGCUUCUGGGUACUCUUCAUCAUAACAGGGGGAACAUCAACAUUGGCUCUGCUGGUCUAUGUCUUUCAUGGCAAGAAAACACAAAACAAUUCUCUGCAUGGACACAGAAGGAUUUGGGAAACUGCAGCUGCAAUGCUACUCACACACCGGGAGAAUGGAAGGAAGCUGUUCUCUAGAAAAGUCAGUGAUGCAGAAAACCAUGGAGGACUUGCUCAAGGCCCAGUAGACUCCGGUCCGGGGCAACCGGAGUUUGAACAGCCCGGCCGAUAGAUGGUCUGGGCCUUGGCCUUGGAUUGAGCUAGGCAGAAUCAGGACUGAUGGUUCAUUGAAUGACAUAGUACAUGUUCAGAUUAUAGUAGACGGAACAAGCGGUUUAUACUUCAAAUUUUUUACUUCAAAUUCACAUUCUCUCACAUGGGAUUUUUUUAAAAUUUCCUGUGUAGAGAAUUCAGAACCCAUGUCAAAAACAUAAAUGGUAGAGGUAAUUUUAAAGUUUGUAUAGCAUUAUUACAUAAUAUAUUUAAACGGUGUUUUUACUUA